AUGGACGAACCCAACAAGGACGAUGGCAAGGGCAAGGGAAAGGUCGUUGCCGUUGCCAUUGCCGACCACCAUGCCGCCACCGCUGACCAGGAACAACCGGAAAGCCAGGAGGAGUUCUUACACGACUCCGAGUCAUCGGGCUCCGAGUCCAUCGAGAUCGCCGACCUCAAGAAGCGCAUGUGGAAGGACCGGCUGCUUCUCAUGAAUCUCGAGGGCCGCUCGGCCGGCCGCGACCGCGCCGUUCACGAAGGCGAGGCCCAGCUCUAG